UGUGUCCUAAAGCUUAAUGACGUAGGUCAUUAUUUGUGUUAUUGAACGUGUUAACAGUAACUAGCUUAGCCUAGUCUGUCAACAGGUGCACCCUGUAGUGAUGCGUCAAAACAAUACCGUCCAAUCAGCGUAAUGAAGUUGGUAACAUUGGUGUCAGCAGAAGAGACCUAUUUUUAACUGUAGAAAGCUCCUCGCCUCGGGCUAUAUAGGCUGGUCCUCAGACCUCUCGGCACCGCGAGCAGAGAGAGCGGGCUCCAUCUCUAAAGGGGCAAAAGUAGACCAGUUUGUCCACAGCGAAGUGAUGGAUGUCGGAGCCAGGGACGGCGAGGGACCGCUGCAGCGCAUCAUCUGAUCGCCAGUCAAGGGAGGGGCAUUCACUCCGAACCUAAUCCCAGAUGCAACAUCCAGCCUUUCAGCAAAAUCCACAUCUCUACGGACCGUUGUGAUAUGAAGUAGAUAUCACGCGCAUAAGAGCGAGGGGAGGAGAGGGGCAGGCACAGGCUGGACCGCAGCUGCCCCGCUUUCGCAAAGUUCUCCAUACAGAAGAGAGAGCGCGGAGGCCGGUUGAGUGAGAGGGACGUUUUCCUAGAGGCUGCCAGUGUUUGGGGCAACACAGCGCAGAGAGAGAGAGAGAAGCCCCUCUCCAGCUCUCCUCUCCGUCACUUUCGAGCUCUUUUCAGACCGAGGAGGAGCAUAAUGGCGAAAAUGAGGGUGUCAUACGAGUACUCGGAGGCGGAGGAUAAGAGUAUCCGACUAGGACUGUUCCUCAUCGUCUGUGGUAUCCUCUCCCUCUUUAUCCUCGGGUUCUGCUGGCUCAGUCCAACUCUACAGAGCAUGCAGAGCAAACCGGCCAACUGCACGGUGGUGUCCGUGCUCAGACCGGAGGAGAUGUUCGAGUGCGUGUUCACGUGCGGGGCGGACUGCAAGGGGACCUCGCUGUAUCCGUGUCUGCAGAUAUUCGUCAAUAAUUCCGAGUCGAACUCCGUGGCUCUGCUGCACUUUGAUGAACAGCAACUGGUGCUGAACCCAAAGUGCUCGUACGUUCCUCCAUGUGAGAGGGACAACCAGAAGAACAAGGACAACGUUCUGUGGUGGGAGGACUACUGGACUAAAGAGGUCAGCUCCCAAUCCUUCACCUGUUUCUUCAACCAGCAGAGAAGGCCUGACGACGUACUGUGGCGGCGCUCCCACGACGCCAGCGUCCUCCUCCACUGCGUCCUGUGGCCCAUGGUGAGCCUGCUGGUGGGUACCCUCAUCGUCCUUCUCACCGUGUGCGCCCGCAGCCUGGCCGUGCGCGCCGAGGCCAUCCAAAAGAGGAAGUGCUCGUACGAGCCGGCAGGCAACUCAGAGCAGGGCAAGACGCCGCCCAACACCAACACCGCCUCCUUCCGGACCCUGCCGAUGUUCGCUGUCCCUGUCCGACGCAGAGACCGGGAACAGGAACACUAGAUGGAUGGAUUGAUAGAUUGAUGAUGACUGUGGUCUCAGUGGUGGUUGUUGUGUGAUGAGGACCUCAUAGAAGCGGGGAAUGUUUGAACUUCCCUAUUAUGACUGUUCUGAACACUCUCAUUCCGCUGGACUGGACUCGAGGCUCAUGCACAAGAAAUGCUUGUCUGUCUUGUCUAUGUGUGUUUGUCUACUUGUGUAAGAGCCAUUUUGUCAGUUCAACUCUCAGCUGGUGAGGGCCUUUUCUAAUGCUCUGUGUAUUACAGUGCGUUGGUUAUGUCUAUGACUAAGCAAAAAUCCCAAAAGGACAAUGCCGCUUUCUGUCACUGGUCAUGUUUUGGACAGGUCUGUGUUACGUGUUGAGCCUCUGUGUCUCUGUGCUGAUUGUAAUGUUAUUUGUGUUUACUUCACUAGCCGAGCUCGGUCUCAAAGUUCAGAGUUCACUGACUUACAAACAGGAAAUGUCUGUUACCUUUGAACUCUCUUUAAAUAGACUCUUCAUUACAAACCCCUGGUCGUAUGAAAGGAGGGAUCGUGAGGGCUACCCGGCCAGGACCACCUGAGAAGAAUCUUCAACACCAGUUACACAAAAUGCCAGUGCUUUGUUCAGAGAGAAUGCGGUGAAAGGAAUUCUGGGAGAGUCCUUCUAAUCUCUGGGACGACAGAGCCAGUAGCAGACCUUGGUCUGAUCACCCCCAGCAUGAUGUACGGUCUUCUUCUCUAGGUGGUAUUAGGAAGUGUUUAAAUGCCUAUCUCACUGUUACUGUUCUUUAACACCCCGGGCCACGAUUUAAACAAAUCGCAACAAUGUGUAUAUUACUUUUAAAGGCAUAUUACGGUUUGUUUUAAUCCGGUUCCCCCUCUCUCUCCUCUCUGUACCACCUGCCUUUUACUAAACCUGUUUCUAACAAGGCUUCUUUAAGGCAUCUGUCCAACUACAGCCAACCCAACCGCCAUGGACGGAAUAUGUCUGUUGUUCAUUUUCAGUUGGUUGCCGCAGGACAUGUUUGAACCUAUUUGGUCCCGAUUCAAUAUGUAGACUGGGCCACGGACAGCUGGUCUGGGUUCAAUAUGUAGACUGGGCCAUGGACAGUUGGUCUGGGUUCAAUAUGUAGACUGGGCCACGGACAGCUGGUCUGGGUUCAAUAUGUAGACUGGGCCACGGACAGCUGGUCUGGGUUCAAUAUGUAGACUGGGCCACGGACAGUUGGUCUGGGUUCAAUAUGUAGACUGGGCCAUGGACAGUUGGUCUGGGUUCAAUAUGUAGACUGGGCCACGGACAGUUGGUCUGGGUUCAAUAUGUAGACUGGGCCACGGACAGUUGGUCUGGGUUAAAUAUGUAGACUGGGCCAUGGACAGUUGGUCUGGGUUCAAUAUGUAGACUGGGCCAGGGACAGUUGGUCUGGGUUCAAUAUGUAGACUGGGCCAUGGACAGUUGGUCUGGGUUCAAUAUGUAGACUGGGCCAGGGACAGUUGGUCUGGGUUCAAUAUGUAGACUGGGCCACGGACAGUUGGUCUGGGUUAAAUAUGUAGACUGGGCCACAGACAGUUGGUCUGGGUUCAAUAUGUAGACUGGGCCAUGGACAGUUGGUCUGGGUUCAAUAUGUAGACUGGGCCACGGACAGUUGGUCUGGGUUCGGGACAAAACCUGGGAUAGGUAGUUUGUCUGUGGUUGGAUAGAUGUGCAGAUGCCUUGACUGUAGCAACUUCCUCUGCAGUCUGUCUUCUGUCUUACCUUCUGUCAGUUAAUGGUUUUAGUUUUUUUCACGAUGCAAAUUGAAUGUGUUUUCUUACCACAGUAGCAGACUUUUGCAUCGUUUUGAAUAGUUUGUCGUCCGUAUGAGUUACCGCUCACCAAUUGGUUUGAAUAGUUUGUUGUCCGUAUGAGUUACCGCUCUCCGAUUGGUUUGAAUAGUUUGUCGUCCGUUUGUGUUACCGCUCUCCGAUUGGUUUGAAUAGUUAGUCGUCCGUAUGAGUUACUGCUCUCCAAUUGGUUUGAAUAGUUUGUUGUCCGUAUGAGUUACCGCUCUCCGAUUGGUUUGAAUAGUUUGUCGUCCGCAUGUGUUACCGCUCUCCGAUUGGUUUGAAUAGUUUGUCGUCCAUUUGUGUUACCGCUCUCCGAUUGGUUUGAAUAGUUUGUCGUCCGUUUGUGUUACCGCUCUCCGAUUGGUUUGAAUAGUUAGUCGUCCGUAUGAGUUACCGCUCUUCGAUUGGUUUGAAUAGUUUGUCGUCCGUAUGUGUUACCGCUCUCCGAUUGGUUUGAAUAGUUUGUCGUCCGUUUGUGUUACCGCUCUCUGAUUGGUUUGAAUAGUUUGUAGUCCGUAUGUGUUACCGCUCUCCGAUUGGUUUGAAUAGUUUGUCGUCCGUUUGUGUUACCGCUCUCCGAUUGGUUUGAAUAGUUUGUCGUCCGUUUGUGUUACCACUCUCCGAUUGGUUUGAAUAGUUUGUCGUCCGUUUGUGUUACCGCUCUCCGAUUGGUUUGAAUAGUUUGUCGUCCGUUUGUGUUACCGCUCUCCGAUUGGUUUGAAUAGUUUGUCGUCCGUUUGUGUUACCGCUCUCCGAUUGGUUUGAAUAGUUUGUCGUCCGUUUGUGUUACCGCUCUCCGAUUGGUUUGAAUAGUUUGUCGUCCGUUUGUGUUACCGCUCUCCGAUUGGUUUGAAUAGUUUGUCGUCCGUUUGUGUUACCGCUCUCCGAUUGGUUUGAACAGUUAGUAGUACAUCCAGUUAAUGUUUUCCAUCCGAUUGGAUAAGAGGAGAAUGUGAUCUGACUACAAAUCGUUACACCUACCUACCCUGCUCCAAGAAAAGGUUUGCUCUCGACUGCGUUAAUCGGACGUACAGGAGUAUUCACUUGUGCAUUUUCUACAACAGAAGUAGCUCAGACAUUGUUGUCCUUGGCUAAAAGAGGAAUGAUAUUUCAUACAUAAAGCCAUAUGCUGAACAUGUGAUUGCAGUAAGAGGCAGCUCCAGGGGAGGUUAUGUCCUCUUACAAUAGGAGCUGUAACAGUAGUACUAAACUAAUAUAUUUUGUGUUGGAAAGAGAAUGUUUUUUUAUAAAGCCAAUCUAUUUAAAACGCCUGCUGCAUAAUGAUGAGUAAUAGUGCCUGAUAGAUAUCUUUAAUAAAAAGAAUAAGAGUUAUUGUCUUAGUUAUUACUGCACCAUAUUCUUCUUCUUUCAUUAAUACAUCUUCUUCGGGAUCGGUGUCCCUUCCACGGGACGGUUGAGCUAACGUACUGUA